AUGCCAAGAAAGUAUAAUAAGAGUAAAUCCGAAUACUUCUUGGUUUUUACUUUCGUCGUUCAUAAAAUUCUCGAUUAAUGGAAUCAUAAUGUGAUACAACGUCUUUUAACGUAUGUUAAACUCAACGUGUAAGUGGGUUGUUCUGAGAGCCAAAUAAUAUCGCAUGAAGGCCUUUUUGCACGUGUUCCGUAUUGAACGUUCAGCGUGCCGUUUAACGCGCACUGACUGAAACACGCUGAUAAAAGUUUGUUUGCCCCUGCGUUCACUUAGAGUACGUUUUUCUGUGGAGCGUCACAAAUGUUCGAGCUAAUCCAAAAUUGCCAAUUUACGCCCAUGGCAUAGUAGAGAAAGUUUGCGAGUCAGAGGGACAAUUCUGACGCUGGAUUUCAAUUUCAAUAUAGAGUUUAGGCGGAAUGCUAUAUCACCCGGCAUAUAUUUCGUCAGGUCUCCGUUAUAGAUCUAACCCUAUAGGCUACCAAGAUACCAAAAUUUUGUCUUCCAAUGUAACUAUAUGUUAAUAUUUUCUUUCAGCUGAAGAUCCCGGCGCCCCCGGCAUAAUAGAUGAUACUUAUCUUCGUUUAUCUGGCCUCUCUAAUAAUGCAAAUAGCAAAUACCCCCUGGCAUUGCUGAAAAUGAUGAAAAGAUAUGCCGAGGAUCGCAUUUGGGCAAAUGAUAUCGAGGAAGGCAAAAGUGUGCUGAAGUUCUUAAUUACUCUAAUGGAAGGAAGAAAGGGUAUAAAAGCUAUGAAAAAAGGUGAGUUUUCUAAAGGGGCUACUUAACCUUUCUUACAUUUACCAAGAGUUUCCUACUCGUUAUCUUGAAGGCACAGUCUCCUUGCCGGCCUCUGCAGCAAGAACGAAGUUCUCUGACUUCAUGUUGGCAUGGUUCAAUAUGGAUGCUGGAGCACAUUUCUCAUUCGAGAGGAUUGCAAUUUGUAAUUCGAAGGAUUGCACGGCGGUUAUUGGCAAAAAAUUGAUCAAGACUUCAGUGACCCUCCCUCAUUUCUCCUCCAUUCCUCCCCCAUUCCUCCCCCAUUCCUUCCCUAUCCCUUCCUCAAAAGUUAACCCGCUACCGCUCUUUCUCUGAUGCAUAUUGAAGAAAGUAAAUAUCCAAAUGAUUUAACAAAACGGUACUAAUGCUACUUAUAUUCCUGUAGAUUCAAAAAGAAAGCUAGGUUUUCUAGGCAAAGAAGGAUUCGACAGAUUUGGCAAUAAUAAACUGUUUGCCCCACUGAUGAAAUGGGAACGCUUAAAGGAAAACGCUGAAAUCAUCGAAAAAUACGCCAAGGAAUACCAAGACGCUUUUAACAGCGUUACAGGUUCUAUUAGACAGAAGGAGGAAAUUACUGACAUACUGAAGAAGUUAAUCCCAAAGGCAACCAGAAUACAAGUUAGCAAUCAAAUCAAACGACAGAAAGCGGCAAGAGCAGUGGAUGAAAGCCAAAAGAGGCUUUACGUCGAUGUAAGUUGACGGUAAAUGAAACUGAGUUUUCAAUUCUGUUUGCGUUUGCUUUGGUUUUAGGCCAUGAAAACGUAAACAUUUGGACUGACUAAGAGGAAUUACUUCGUAGAUAACUGUCCUUUUUUGAGAUGUACCUUUUUCAAUAUAAUAUUAUUAUUUCUUUCAUCGCAAACUGACAUUCUAUUCAUUUAUUCAUACCUUUAUUUACUUACUCAUUUAGUCAUUUAAUCAUUUACCUUCUCAUCCACCAUCCAUCACUCAUCCAUUAAUCUAUUUAUUUGUUCAUUUAUUCAAUAGUUUAUUAUUUAGUUACUUCUUCAUUUUUCGUAUAUUUCUUUAAUUGAUAUUCAUCAACCAUUAUUUCAAUAGCUAUGACGAAGAGCUAACGCUCGAAACGUCAGCUUUUAAACUCUUUAGGUGGCCAAUUUACGUUAUCGACUCAGUUGAUAGUACUCAAUUACUCCAUUAUUUUGGUAGUUUCAAUUGAUGCUGAAUGCGUUCUAAUCUUAUUUUUUACCCGUUUAGAUCAUCGCUCAAGUAGAAUUACGCCUUGUAGGUACUAUGGAGACGAUUAAGGCACUACUGGUUGAUUUACAAGCACAAAAAAACAUGCAGCAUCUCUUUGCAAUGCUCCAGGGAUUAAUAGGCUUCGUGAGUGCGGUUGGAGGAAAAGAUCCAAUGGGUGUACUUAGUUCCAGCUUCAGCCUCAUUGAGAAUGAGGCUCUGAGGUGCAAUAGAGGAACACUUCAACAGAACAAGGCAAAAAUAAAAAAAUGGUUGAAAUUUGGAAAGGCGUACGAAGCUCUGGAAGAUUCUAGUGACUUGAAUUUUGACAAAAUGGACAUACGAUCUGUUCCAGAUAUGAUGAAGGUAAAAUAAUGCAUAUAGCUUUUAUUUUAAUUAAAAUGUUUUAAGCAAAGACUUAGAGAAUCACUUCCAUUGUCGCUUAAUUGUGCAUGUUUUCUAAAACUGCCGUCACUCAAUCAACACAACCACAUUCCAUGAGGGUACCAUGAUUAAUUGUUCUAUCGUUUAUCGGUGGAACUCAAAGCUGGCAUGUUGGUGAUCCAAUGGAGAUGAAGCUAAAUCAAACACUGACUUAUAAGCGUACCGAUUUAAACUUACAAGUACCAUCACGCUUAUGACCACAUUCGUGCUUUAUCGCUCUCCACCAACACAGGCAGAUCUGGAAAUAAACAAGGAAGGGCUUCUAGCAGACCUGGUUUGUUUGCUGGAUGUUGAUCUAUCACCUCACGUGACGGCAACUUUUAAGAGCGAAAUCGAGAAAUUCUUCAUCGAUGGUGGAACAAGGAUUGAUCUCAUUGCACAGGUCAUGGAGUUAGACAACAACAUUGGCACAUAUAAUUACGACAUCGCCAAUUUAAAAGAAACUCAAAAGCAAAUUCAAGCUGUCAAUAAAGCAAAGGGUAAGAAUUCUGUUCUUAAGAAACUUAAGAAGUGGAUCCCGGAGAUCUUUUGUUUUCCGACGUUAUGCGCGUAAGGGGAGCUCUAUACGUAAGAAAUUAAUGAUAUCGGUGUGGCAAUCUUCACUGUUGCCUUAGCAUAAUAACACUGCGUUGCUAAGACCUACAAUAAGUCUUAAAUAGGAAAUUAUAUCUGACCCUAACGCGUACAGGCUGAGUGACAACUUCACUGACGUUCAAGGAAUGGAAGGUUGAUAGACCUCCCCUAAGAAUUCCGUCUUCUUUCCAUAUUCCUCAGUGGGUGGCAAGUUAUUCAGUGUUCAGGUUGAGAUAACGAUGGGUAUUAAAGUAUAUAUUCGAAGCAAUAGAGGCUUGUGACGUAGACAUUUUUUUAUCAUUAUAACUUUUAUGAACACCUCUCUUGACUAUUUUUCAGAUACCCCAAUAGCUGACAGCAUACGACAGGAGUUUCUUGAUAACCUUUUGAAUAUCUAUGAAGAACUAGAGACCAGUUUUUCCAGGCAGCUGUAUUUGUUCUACAAGGGUUUUGAGUUCCGGUCCUUGUGGAACAUGGACGAAAACAUGGCAAGGUUUCAACGUCGCGCAGCAACCCUUGCAAAAGGCACCGGAUAUCUUCGAGGAGUUAACUCACUGACUCGUGCUUUACUGGAAAUAACAAAUAUUGAAAUGGCAGCUAGAAGUUGCUUUACCAGUAAAAAGCCCAAAAUUGGUAUAUACAAAUGGUCCUUUGACAAAACGAAAGAUCCAACGGUAUGUGUUUCAAGCUUUACUCCUACCUAAACUUAUUGCGCCCUACUACAACUCACACAGGUGCAGCUAACCUGUCAAACAGGCCUUUUUACAGUAAAAAAUAACCAACUUUCUAAAUAUCUGUACAAUGUAGCGGAAUAUUUAAACGCUUAAUUUCUACUCUACUUAGUGCAGUUGGAUGAUAAGAGUCAGUUCCUGCAAAAUAUCGAUAUUCCGUGAAUUCUCUUAACUGCGGUGUACUGCAGUCAAUAUUUAUCUCUGGGAGAGAGGUGGGAGGAUUUUGGUUGUGUCACAAUAUGAUUUACCUGAUCCGGCCCAUAAGACUAUGUAAUAUUCUUCGGAACAAUUCAUCUUUCACCCUUCCCACCCUCAAGGCGAAUAAUAUGCACUGAUCCUCUAUUCCUCGCGUUUUUUAACACGCUGUCUUUCCUUUGAUAAUCAAUAUUUAUCCCCACAGUGUUAAUGUUUAGCACUACUUAUUAGCUACGAAGUAUUGUUGUGCUUGAUUCGCUCAUAUCCUUUACCUAGAUGUUCAAGGAGUUGUACGAAAGCUACACGACCUUUACCUUGGAUAUGGAUCAGGCCUGUAGAGAUUGCUACAAUGUGCGCCUCCUAAAGGUACAUAAACACAGAAAUGUUAAAGGAAGGUGGCAAAAUUAAGAAAUUUCUAUACAACAAGUUGCAUCCACAUUGAUAUAUACACUCUUAUGCUGAUAAUUUUGCAAAACAAAACAAAAUAUAACUGAUCGCACGAUGGAAGGCCGAAGAGUAUUUGAUUUAAACAAUCCCUAUUUCCCAACAAAAAGACUGUUAGCGUUUCACUCUAAGUUUAUAACUUUAUUUUCUAAUCAGAUUCGAUAGUAUAUAUGGUUUUUCCAUUGCCUUACAAUUUAACAGUUAGAUUUUUACACUAAGAUUUUUAUUGCGUGAUGGUAGAAGAGUGUAAGUUUGAAUCAACUUCCGUGCAUGGAAAUCGAGAAGCAAUAAUCUAAUCGUUUAGUUUAAAUCUACUAAUCGUCAAAAACUUGAUUAUAAGACAGGCUCAUGCACACGCUUUUAUUGAAUAAUGAUAAAAAUAGCUCACAGCAUGUGCCACUCACGUUACACACCAUCUACUUAAUUAGAUUGGUUCUUACAGAUGUCCUUACCACAUUUUACAUGUUCUGUGAUCUAUUUUUGUUCAGACUCACAGAAACGUAGAAUCUAUUUGUUUUGUAUGAUAAAAAAAACACAUGGUGACAUCAUCUAUGCGUCUAUCUCCCAAUAGAUCAUAAGAAAGAACCAAUCAAAAUGCAUGUAUGAACGAGCUUAUCAUAUGAAACGGAAUAGACAGCGGGUAGCGCAACCAAUCAUACUACUGCUGAUAUAAGCAAAGUAUGAAGUAAAUGUAAAUGACUCGCUAAAGUGAGUUUUAGGCGUUAACCACGAGCAAAUGGAAAUUUUGACAGCAAUGAUCAAAAAUAGAAGGAUACACAGGACGAUGAUUCAAAAACUGAACUUCCCUUCACAGUGUUCACAUUUCUUAUCUUUCAAAGAUGUAUGUGGAGCUAUACGGUAAAGCCCAAGAUCAGAGCGUCCCUGACAAAGUUCGUCUGAAGCUCAAACCACUGAGCAGGUCCUACUUUAGAAUUGGCGAUCAGAUUAAAGACUUUCAUCAACCGAUAGCCUCUUGGAAGUACUUACAUUUCGACCGUUUCAAGAUAACUAAUAAAGACAAGUGUAGACAGGAAAAAGAAUAUGGACGGGGUGAGUGGCUGGAUAUAUUUUGAAUUGUUAUAUUAGUGAUGGUGAUCCAGACGACAGAAAAUGUCCCUGGAAUAAUGUCUAUCGUAUUCAAUCAUUUGACCUUGCGUGAUGGGUAAAGAAUCUAGCGCACCGCGAGCUGGUGUUUGUGGGAAAGGAAGUAAGUUCCUCCUUAAGAACACUUGCGCAUGCGUUACUAAGAUUUCAUAUAAAGCCCUCAUUAUCUAAAAUCAGGCGUUAAAUAUAGGUCACUUGAAUAAUCAUAUGCCUCACCUCUUUCAAACUUAGAUGGCGGUUUUUACUGUAUGGCAAAACACGACACGCGCCUCACAGAAAUGUGCUGUCACCCGCUCAUCAGCGCACCUUGUGAUGAUGCUUUGACGGGAGAGGAAGAAUGUCGCAGUGUAUUUGGGACGUACAACAUUUCCAUACCAAUCGAUCAGACACUGGAUUGCAGACGACAAAUCACUUACAAAAACUGCAAAAGCCUGAAAGUAAGCCUCCACAUCUGGCUCCAGCUGUUUGAAGGGUGGAUAACGCUAUCCAAUGGAUGGCGAAAAACGUCUUGUGAACAAUAAUCUAGCGGGAACUCCUACUGAAUGGUUGGGACCUGGUAAAGAGAGAAGGGAGAGGAGUUGGGAUAGUAUGAGGGGGUCUAAGUACGAUUAUUCAGGGAGGAGAGGGACCAGUUAUUUUUUAUCGCCUGGGAGGGGAGGAUCCGAGGAUUAUUAGGAGGAUCACAAGGUUUCCAGAGGGUGAUGGAGAGGGGAAGGGCGAUCACUAGCAGAGUAUAAAGUAGGGACUGUAGAAAAUUGGCACUCAGUGGGUAAGGUCAUGAAAAUAACAGAGCCAAAUGCUUCGACUCCCCCACCCCUUCCCCUCGCCUUCCCGUUGUAAUUUUGACCAUUUAACGCCUGCAGCUUUUUUUUUGUUUUUUUUUUUUCGUUCAUUUUCCGCUCGACGCUCCGAGAAAGAAGUAUUUUAGGGAAGUUCACAAAGUAAAGUUUCAUUAUUUUUUCGUAACAAAUGGCGUUCGGGAAGCUGGAAAGUAAUUGAAGUUUCAUUAUCCGUAAGAUUUAAAUCUGACUGUUAUUUCGGUAAAUUUUCAAUUUAUGUUUAAUGUUGCUGAAUUCAGAAUUCGGACAAGAUUUGCUAGUUAUCCACGAUCCAUCGCAAAUUAAAAUUCUGCAAUCGUGUAGAUAUCAGUCAUUAAUUUUUUUCCUUAUCUCUUUAAUGUCCGUAAUUGAAAAUCUAUGCCUUUAUAUCUACUAUUUCUCAAUAUACAAUUGUUCCAUUAAUUUAAUUAUCUUUUGACAAUUAAUAACAGUACAGAUAUGUCUCGCUAAAUUACGACUCAUUUGUGUGUCGAGGCGAAAUAUAUGUAUAUAUUUUUUUUUCUGCGGUGAAGAUUACAUACCUUAUACCGAUUCAAAAAAUAUAGAACUAUUUCAUUUCUUAUCUUUUUUUUUUUUUUUUUUUUAAUUCUUUCUUUUUUUCAGCGAGAACUAUUCACCCACAUGAAUGUUUGGACAACCUUUAUGUACUGGCCUGAAACAUACCCACAGACACCGGAGGAUUGUGGGAUUCAAAAGCGCAACGUGACAGUCAAGGCUGAUGUUGAAGAGCUCGAUUCUCCACUUGUCUUGAAACGUGACGCCGAUAUUAAUUAAAACAAAGGCAAAUAAGUUCAAGAGAUGAUCCCUUAAUCGUCCUUAAAAGGAAAAGGAUGCAUUUCCAGCCGAAUAAAUAAACAGACAAAUUCAAAGAUAACUGUUGUAUUUUUAUUUGUAUUUCGUUUGCUUGAUUUACA